AUGUUAGUGGUGGAAACAGAGAAACAGCAGCAGCUGACGGCAGACGACGACAGACGACAGCGAAGGCUCAAAGGGAAAGGGAAACAGAAGCAGCAGCAGCAGCAGCAGGAGGAGGAGGAGGGAGGUAGUGGUGUUGGAGCCACAUCCAAUGCUGGAGGUGCACGGAAAAUUAACGCAACAACUGGCGGCGGCACAGGCAGCACACCCAAGGUCACGGUCACAGCAGCGAGCACAACAACCACAUCCACAACCAGACCCACCACUAGCAUUGCGACCACAUUGAUGAAGACACUCUCUGUGCGUCUGCAUCGUGGCACGGAAUUCAUUAAGGACACCAUGCAAAAGGCGCUGGUAGUGUCCACAGCCAAUCAACAAGCAAAUAACACGCUCAUUAGCAACAACAACAACGCCAAGUCGCAGCUUAGGCAACAGCAAUUGUUGCUUCCACAAAUUGGCAACCAAUUGAAAACGUCAUCGACGCACUUGAAACCGAAACUAAGCGGCACUGGCGGCCUUAUGGGCUACAACAGUGGCAUCAGCAGCAACAGUAGCAGCAACAGCAGCUCCAGCAGCAGCAAAAACAACGCCACCUCCAGUAGCCACAUAACUACCAGCUCUGGCAGCGGCAACAUCAGCAGCAAGAACAAUAUUACUAGCAAGGCCAGCUCUAGCAAUCUCCCUAAUUAUAUGUCCUACGUUCUGCCUACGGCCACAUUCCUAAAACAUUACGCCCUGCCGCCCACCCAGCUACAUCGCUCGGCAACGGCCAGAAAGCGUAACCCCAGCACUGAUAGUUUACUCAUGGAUUUGUGUCUAUUUAAGCCAAUUAGACCCAUGCCCAUAACGCCAAUUAAAAUCAACAAAGCACGCGGCUUUGAACUGAAACGACCCAAAUUUGUGCCCGCCGUUAAUGUGGACAGUGAUGACGAUGAAGAUGAUGGUGAUGAGCACGAAGAUGAUGAUGAGAAGAAUGCGGAGAAUAAAGACGACGAGCUGACACAUAGACCAAAGCCAAGCACACUACAAUUGCCGCAUGCUGCCUCAGCAUUUGUGCGAGUGCUUCAUCUUAAAACGGCAAAGGCCGCCAGCAAGCCCAGCACCAGCACCACCACAACCACCACCAGCAACAACAGCAACACCUCAGGCAAAGUAAAGCCAAAGGCCACAGCCAAGCGGCGCCGACGCGCAACACUACUGACCGCCAAAAAGCGACGCAAACUGGCAAGAGAUAAAUCAACCACAUCGGAACCACCUACAGCAUCAUCUUCACCAUCACCACCGCCGCCGUCGGGCACUGCCACACGAAAACGCAAAGGUGCGGCUCCGACUAAUUUGGAGACUGCGAAGCGCAGUAAACGCAAAAUCUCUAAUGUUGCGACUACAAUACCAGCAACAGCAGCAGCAACAAGUGAAGCACCAAAACGCAAAACAUUGCAACGUAGGGGGGCAAGCAAUGCUAGCAAUGCCAUCGCUUCACCGCCCAUGACGCGUCAACGUGCCCGUCAACAGAUCUCUAAAUGAGCUAAUGUUUCUUCUCUCUGGUCGUCUAACCGUCUGAUUGUCUUCAAAUGCGGAAUGGAUCAUAUUUCGCCAUAGUCAGUUUGACGCAACGCGCUCACAAUGCGCUGUACUAUAUACAUAUAAAUUUAUAGAGAAACUAAUCUUAAGCCCUUGGUUAUAGUUACUGUUUAAAUUAAGUUUUCAAUUCUUUGUCUCUUCAUUGUGUUCUGUUUUAUAAUUAGUUUCAUUUUACUUUUUUCGCUCAUAAUGAAGCAAGUGAAGUGCCGUCUCAAGGCUGACAAUUUGUGUGAAAAGAAAAUCAUUUCUGUGCAAUUUUAUAAUCUGUUCAUGUAAACAAAUAAAGUAACGUGUUUAGCUUUAAUAUUUUGCUCAUGCAACAAAAUCUACAAAAGCUGAAAGCAUUCAACUGUUUGUAGAAAUCAUUCAAAUGUGUUGUUCAUUUUACAAACAAAUUUCAUUUACUCGCCCCUCAACAUUUGUCAUUUUUGAGUUUAGUUAUAAACAUAAAAACUGCUACAAAACACACACACUUCAACAUGAAUGCCAAAGUUUUUGUUAGACUGGACGUUCACAUGUUCCGAUUUAUACUUCACUUGCUUUAAUUUAAAAACUUUGAGAAAGCAACACAUUAGGUCUUUAAGACUGAAGAUUACUAUACGAAUAUUAUAGAAGAAGCCCCAGAGAGGAUCGAGAGAGAACAAAAUGAUUAAAAACAUUUAGAAAACAACAAAUAAAACAAAAUUUGGACAAAAAAAUUUAAAAUUUAAAAACAAACACAAAAAUUAUAAUGUACUACAAGAACUUGUUAAG